AUGAAAGAAAAGAUACCGAUUAGAAUGACCAUUCUCUUGUUAUUUCUUAUUCUAGCCAUCGGAGGAAAAGAACUUACAUGUUUGAAACAACGGGAAGAUACUAGCAGGGCCCUCAUGAAUCAUCAAGUUAAUAAGACAAUUCUGGUUGAAGGCGGAGAUGUAUAUGAUUGCAUUGGUGUGAAUGUGCAACCAGCAUUUAACAACCCAUUACUGAAAGACCACAAAAUUCAGAUGGAACCAAGUUCUAUCCCACUGAUCACAUAUGUAGAAUCUCCGUCGAUGCAUUCCAUGCCACAGACACAAUUGCCUAUCAUUGACUGCCCGAUAGGAACAAUUCCAAUAUUGCGUAAAAAUAGAAUGGACAACAUAGCAGUGAAAACUAUUGACGUGGUGAUCAGCAAGGACUUUCAAAAAGAGGGUGCAGGAAUCAAAUAUAAGGAUGAGUUAUAUGGAACACGGGCCAAAAUAAAUGUUUAUGCUCCAAAGGUGGAGACGGAUAGUAAGGAUAUCAGUGCAUCAAGUAUACAAAUGAAUGGGGGGCCAAACCCAGGCUUUCGAGAUGGGAUAGGUGCCGGUUCUUUCGUAUAUCCAAGCUAUAGUGGUGACAACUUUGCUAGAUUUCAUGUUUACUGGGAUGAUGGCUUACCAACAACUAUUUGCAUCGAUCAUGAUUGCCCUGGUUUCGUGCAAGUUAGCCGAAGUGUUGGCCUCGGAGGAAGAAUAAAACCAAUAUCUGUCUAUAAAGGAACACAAUAUGUGAUAGAUGUUCUAAUAUUUAAGGAUCGAAAGACUAAAAACUGGUGGGUGGCUUAUGGUGAACAAAAUACACCAAUUGGAUAUUGGCCAAGCUCAAUUUUCCAAUACAUGAAGGACAAGUGUGAUUUCGCAUUUUGGGGUGGAUAUGUUCAAGGUCCAACAGCAUCGACAAACUCUCCACAAUUGGGAAGUGGUCAUUUUGCUUCAGAAGGCUUUGGAAAAGCAUCUUUUAUAAAAAAUAUCCAAAUUGUAGAUAAGAACAAUAGGCUUGCUACUCCAAAUGUUCAUAGAUCCUUUCCAGGCAGUACCAAUUCUUCCAAAUAUACUUCAUCUAAUUAUGAAGUCAAUAAUUAUGGUAUGCAUAUGUACUACUGUGGACCCGGUGAUUUAGUGUGA